CCGAUCCUCCUUUGCCACUUUCCUCUGUCUUGACUCUUCGGCACUCUCUCUCUCUCUCUCUCUCUCUCCUCUGCGCACGCAAGAAGAGAACUCAAAGUCUUCCUCUUUUCUCUUUUCCACGGCAGCGAACUCCCCCCAAGAGCACAACCCUAAUUCGAAUCCACAGCCAGUGCGCGACCACCCCAAUUCGAGCCGAGCCGUGCUUGAGCCGACUUGGCAUAGCGAAGAAUGAAGACGCUGGCUUGGCUGUGGAGCUGCUGCUUCUUCUGCGUGUCGUCGCUAACCCUAGCCUCGCUCCGGUUGGCGGGCGCCAACUCCGAGGGGGACGCGCUCUACACCUUCCGGCGGAGCCUGUCGGAUCCGGACAACGUGCUCCAGAGCUGGGAUCCGACCCUGGUCAACCCCUGCACUUGGUUCCACAUCACUUGCAAUCAGGACAAUCGCGUCACUCGAGUGGAUUUAGGGAACUCUAAUCUAUCUGGACAUCUGGUACCUGAACUCGGGAAGCUUGAGCAUCUUCAGUAUCUUGAGCUUUACAAGAACAACAUUCAAGGAACUAUUCCGACUGAGCUUGGUAACUUGAAGAGUCUCGUUAGCUUGGACUUGUAUAACAACAAUAUCACUGGGAACAUCCCUCCCUCACUGGGGAAGCUGAAAUCUCUUGUUUUCCUGAGGCUAAAUGAUAAUAAGUUGACUGGGCCAAUCCCAAGGGAACUCGUUGGCAUUUCAAGUCUAAAAGUCAUGGAUGUGUCAAACAACAACCUUUGUGGAACUAUUCCUACUACGGGACCAUUUGAACACAUUCCGCUGAACAACUUUGACAACAACCCACGACUAGAAGGACCCGAGUUGCUUGGGCUUGCAAGUUACGACACUAACUGUUAUUAAUGGGUGGAAGCAAUGCGAAAUCUCAUAAUUAGUAUGGUCAUGCAGUCUCAAGAGUCAGAAAUCUAUCUUACAGUGUAAAAGGAGAGCAGUCAAUGCGAUCCUCAUAUGAGUAAUUUGUAUAUUGUAUUAUACUCGAAUGCUUUAGCACUUGAAACUCUGGGUUGUUAUGCUGUUUCGGAGACAUUCUAAGUUAUGAAUCUGUAUUGUCAUAGUA